CAAGGCGAAACCCUCGUGAAAGACCGGCAAACAUAAAACACACAUUCCACUGCCCUCUAGUCACUAGUCGCUUUUCUUUGGACGUUUCUCUUCGCCAUGGAGCCGGGCGACCAGUUCAAGGACUUGUUGAAGCGGCUUGCUGCGGAGCAUGACAAGCUGUUGCAGCGCGCCGAGGAGGAGCACGAAGCGUGGCUCCGAACCCUUCAGGGCCUCGCUUCGAUCUUCGAACCCAGCGAGCCGCGCGCCCUCGCUGCAGGCCUGGACGUCUUUCCGCUUCUCGCUCCAGUGCCGCCGGAGCAGCCGGCUCUGCCAGAGGAUUUGGACCCCUGGCCCUCCUUCGAAGAGGAAGUCGACUUCGACUCCAACGACGUGGAGGAUGCGGUUCUAUCAGUAGAGACGGGAUCUCCGCUAGUGCGAGCGAUCUCUGAGAAGAUGGUGGAUAUGGUGGCAGUGAAGAAGGUGGACUCCCUCUCCAGUGCUGCGGGUAGAUCGCGGCAGUCCGCCAAGAUGGAAAGCCUCUUCAGCGCCGAGAGCGAGAAGUGCUGGCGAUGCCAACUCUUCCCAUGGAUUGAUUAUGUGGCGGGGAUCGCCGUCCUUUUUAACUCUCUGCUGAUGUUGCUGCAGUUGGAACUCGAGGGCCGCUCGGCCGCGGUCUUCCUGGGCCAGAGUGCGCCCUCCUACGCCCACGAGCUGCAGCUGGUCCAGGCCGCCGAGUCCUCCUUUGUGUUUUUCUACCUCGUGGAGCUCUUGUUAAGGAUCUCGGUGGAGCGGCAGGGCUUUUUCCAGGAUGUGGCGAACCUCUUCGACGGUGUCUUGGUGGUUCUGGGGGUGGUGGAUGUGGCCGUCAGUCGCCCCUUCGAUCCCAGCUUCACCGACCUCGAGGACGAGCCCUCCCUGAAGCUCAUGCGCAGCCUCAAGUCCAUGCGCGCGCUGCGCCUGGUGCGGACCUUCCGCUUCGUGCGGGGCCUGCGCUUGCUGGUGACGGCGUGCAAGUGCUUCCUGCCGUCGCUCUUCUGGUCCAUGGUGCUACUUGCGGUCUUCAUGAUCAUGGGUGCGUUGACUUUGGGAACGACUCUGCAAACCUUUGUGGCUGAUCCUGCGACCGAGCUCGAGGAGAAGAUCUGGGUUUGGACGCGCUAUGGCACAGCCUUCCGAGCCCUAUACACCAUGUAUGAGGUGACCUUUGCUGGAAACUGGCCAACCAAUGCGAGGCCUGUCAUUGAAGCUGUGAGUCCACUCUUCGCCCUGUUCUACCUGGGCUACAUCACCAUUAUCGUCUUCGCGCUGAUCAGAGUGAUAUCGGCCCUCUUUUUAAAAGUCCCUUGUCAUUCUUCCAGUGCGUAAACGCACCGUGUGAAACUUGGAGUCCACGCCCAUUUCCAGUCCACGCUUUUGAACGGGGUUCUGAUAUAGCAGGUAGAAUGGGGGUAGAACGGGGUAGCAUUGAAAAGCCCAUGCAUUUUUCCAUUUGCUUUGCGGUUCAGCACGGGCCGUAUGUUUCGCCGGCAGAUGCUCUUCCCUCAACUCACCGACGGGCUGUAAAUGAAGAGUGUUGACAGAACGAUUAUAUAAUUCCUCAAAGGCCAUCAUAUGAACAUUUGGGGGUGUCCUAAUACCUGUAGCCUGUAACAGUCAGUAAACAAGCAACUACUGCACUAUUUUUGAGACAUACCCAACAUAAACAGCCGAUCUGAAGGAGCCAUAGUGUCCUACUCCCAUGACUCAAGUCAUUGCCAUUCCCCAGAGAAUCAAUUAGCAGCCGGUCGUCCCCCAAACCUGUGCCAGCCUGACAGAGGCAGUUCCCUCCACUUCUGUGUCUCGUGCAUAUUUCUGUUCUAUUCUAGAUUGCAUUCAUGAGGGCAUCGCGCAACAGACACCAUCAUCGCGUUCUUCGCUUUGGUCUCUGGUCAUGGCGAUGUGGUUUACCAUUCGCACAAGCAGGCUAAAUGUAGCGCUUCACUAGCAGCAAACCAGUGCAACAGAACUCCACCCAGUGCAUUUUGUGCAUUGACUCCUAGGAGUUCACAUCCCAACUUCCGAGUCGCACUGUUACGACUGUUACGGCUGUCAGGCGUCCCUGGGUCUCCGCCGCUCUGCGGGUGCUGUCGCUAUUUUUUGCCCAGGAGCCGGCCCAUGGCUACCCGUGGAAAUAGCGCUAGGUAGCACUGCCUUAGUGGUGGCAAAGGUUCUCGUAGUGGGAGCAGCGGUCAACAACGGGAUCCUUUUCCACUUUUCACAUCACCCCGGAUCUGGGGCAAUUCCCUUUGAAAGCUGCGACCGGGUUCGCCGCGUUCGGGGUUCACGGCUUCCAACUUGUGUGAAGCUCCUGAGGACACCCUUGAUGCGGCCCAGAGUGAUGCAGAUCUGGCUGUGGUCGACAAGAAAGAAAGACGGAGGGUCUAUGUGGAGAAGCUGGAAGCCUUGUUCACUGCAAUUGAUGUAAACCAAACCGGCAUGAUCACAGAGCAACAACUGGCCAGCGUUUUGUCGCUUCCAAACAUUCACGCGUACCUGGAGACCCUCGACUUGGACGUGAAAGAAAGCGCCGCGCUCUUCAAGCUCUUGGAUGAUGGCGACGGGGAAGUAACACUUCACGAGUUUAUUAAUGGCAUUAUGCAUUGCAAAGGGGAAGCGCGCGCGAUUGACCAGGUGCUGAUGCAUUCGGAGCUAAGGCUCGUGGCCAAGCGGCUGGACGGACUGUGCAUGCAUGUGGGCUUCGAGGCCAACGAGCGGACGUCGAAGCAGAUGCAGCAGAAAGCUUUCCAAAGCAAGGCUUGUCACCUGGGCACCUUCCGAAUGUCCCAGUCAUUUGGGAGGACUGUAAGUUAAAGAGUUUGCCGCCCAAUGAAUGGAGUUAGGCGGAGAAUUCACUGAUUGAUUGGGAACGGCCCGUGAGCAUGGGCAAACCACCAAGGCAGUGUGUUUGACGAAGUGCGGGAACACGCACGCAAUACGGUAUGGGGUCAAGUAUGGGGCCCAUGGGGUCAUGGUGGUUGGCAGGGCUGGUCCCAGUGUUUGGUUCCUGAAGGAAACCCAAAGGGCUUUGAUCCCGACGGGACGCAUGUGUGCGCUGGC